GCUGCGCGCUGAUUGGCUGCAGAGAGGGGCGUGCAGCGGAGCGCAGAGAUGGCGGCGGUGACCAGAGGCUCUCUCGGCGCGUUCAGGCGGCUGCUGCUGAGUCAGCAGAGCCGCAGAUGUUUCCGGCUGCAGAGCUUCAGAUGUGACAGGACUCUGCAGCCAAUGACCUUCAGGUGUGACAGGAAGCUCCAGGUGUUCAGCUGCAGAGGGCUGCAUGUCGCUGUGGUGAAUCAAGGACCUAUCGUGCAGUUCAAACUGUCUGACAUCGGUGAGGGAAUCAUGGAGGUGACCGUCAAGGAGUGGUACGUGAAGGAAGGAGACAAAGUUUCUCAGUUUGACAGCAUCUGUGAGGUUCAGAGCGACAAGGCAUCGGUCACCAUUACCAGCCGCUACGAUGGGGUCAUCAAAAAGCUCUACUACGAUGCAGAUGCCACGGCCUUUGUGGGAAAACCGCUGGUGGAUAUCGAGACGGAGUCUGGCUCAGAGGUGAUCCAGGAGGAGGACGUGGUGGAGACGCCCGCCAUGGCUCGAGAAGAACACACCCACCAGGAGAUCAAAGGUCACAAGACGCAGGCCACGCCUGCAGUCAGACGCCUCGCCAUGGAGAACAAUAUAAAGCUCAGUGAGGUGGUGGGGACUGGCAGAGAUGGGCGGAUCCUGAAGGAGGACAUCCUGAACUUCCUGGCAAAGCAAACAGGAGCCAUCUUGCCUCCGACACCUUUCCAGGAGAUCCAGACUCCGCCCCCGGCCCCUGCUGCUGCUCCUGCUGCUGCCAAGCCUGUGAGCACUAAGGCGGCUGUGAAACCUCCACCCGCUACUCCUAAACCUGUCUUCACUGGCAAAGACGUGACGGAGCCCCUCAAAGGUUUCCAGAAAGCGAUGGUGAAGACGAUGACUGUGGCGCUGAAGAUUCCUCACUUCGGUUACUGUGACGAGGUUGACCUGAGUCGCCUGGUGGCUCUGAGGUCAGAGCUGAAACCUCUCACCGAGAGUCGUGGCGUCAGACUGAGCUACAUGCCCUUCUUCAUCAAGGCUGCCUCCCUCAGUCUCCACCACUUCCCGAUCCUCAACGCCUCGGUGGAUGAGGGCUGCCAGAACAUCACCUACAAGGCGUCCCACAACAUCGGCCUGGCAAUGGACACAAGUCAGGGUCUGCUGGUUCCCAAUGUGAAGAACGUCCAGCUGCUCAGCGUGUUCGAGAUCGCCCUUGAGUUGAACCGCCUCCAGGUGCUCGGAGCAUCGGGUCAGCUGGGGACUGCCGACCUGAUGGGGGGCACUUUCACACUGUCCAACAUCGGAUCUAUCGGAGGCACUUACGCCAAGCCCGUGAUCCUCCCACCCGAGGUUGCCAUCGGAGCGCUAGGAAAGAUCCAGGUGCUACCGAGGUUUGACGCUGCUGGUCAGGUGGUCCGAGCUCACAUCAUGAAGGUCAGUUGGUCGGCGGAUCACCGCAUCAUCGACGGCGCCACCAUGUGUCGUUUCUCCAACCUGUGGAGGGAGUACCUGGAGAACCCGGCCAGCAUGGUGCUGGACCUCAAAUAAACAGUUUCCCAUCAGCCCCGGGGAGGGCGGGACACCACACUAACAAACCUCGCUGCUCCGCCUCCUUCUCCUCUCCCCGCCUUCACUUCCUGUUUCUGUUUGAGGCCUUAAUGCCAACUGUCAUUUCCUUGUUGCCUUUAAGCAAGGCACUGUGAGGAGAGGAGAAGGGGUCAGCCUGUCAGAGUGACUCACAGUGUGAACUGGGGUCGUGAUUGUGGGUUCUGCAGGUCCAGUCUGGUGGAAAUGACCUGAAACAGGAAGUGAGUUCCUGCCGAGUUCCUGUUCCUGCUCUGGAGCUUCAGGAAAACCAUCAGGAAAUAAAUCAAGACAAUUAGCCUUUUUUUUUUUUUUUUUUUUUUUUUUUUUAAAUGCAGGCAGCAGUGUUUUAAUGCAUUAAAAUCACAGACUGUAUAUAAAAGAUGGCUACCAUGCUGUCACCCAGCGGUUAGUGACACCUUGAAUUGAGAGUUUUUAACGAUCACCAUCAUCGACGUGAUGAGGGAUGCUGAAUGUUCAUACUGUAAUGACUUGUCAGUCACAUGAAGCCCCGCCCUAAAUCCUCACCUGCUUCUUGCUCCUUUGCUACUCUAAUUAGACCAUCUCCUCCAAAGUUAACUUCCUGUUUUCUUCACCAAAACACACCAAGACCAUGAACUCACCGGGGACCUUAGGCAAGUCACCCCCUGCUGGAUGUUAGAGAGAAUGCAGGUUUAAAUUUUCUGUCCAUCUUUUAUAUACAGUCAGACACUGCAGAGCAGUUGUUGUCAGGUGUCCAGGUGAGAUGCUCGAGUCUGAGAUGAGCUGGAAGAUGAGGCAUGCUCUUGUAACUGCACAGUGAGCGUGUCAGAUGGCUCCAAUCAGAGUCAGGAGCAGAUUUAAAUAAACGCAUGUGAUCGUGAUGUCAUCCACAGACUUUCACCUGCAGACACCUGAUGUCCUGUCACUAUAAAAUAAUAAUAUUCAUUUUCACUCUGUCUGAAUUUCCUCCGUCGAGGCCCAGUUUUAACAUGGGCUGUUCCAUCUCGCCCACACGAAGCCCGACCUGCCGGGUUCAGGUUAAACCUGCAGACUGCGUCCGCACGUACGUUUACCCUCGGAGGAGGUGACUCGAUGGUUUGUAGCUGCCCUGAAACUCUAAAAUCCUGAGCAUUAAACUCCACAUAUUCAUGUACUGUGAAGUCAUGUGACCAAACGUGAUCAAAGCAAAUGUUGCUGGAUCGGAUCGUGCUCGUGUCAGUCGGAUCAAACAGAUGAACUCCUUGCUGAUCUCAAUCUGUGGAUCCAGGUAGUCGUUAUUUUUCACGUGAACGCAGUUUGAAACAAAUACAGGCCCUGUUGGUCGGAUGGUGAUGGCGGUCUUCUCUGCUGCUGAGCGAUCCGUGGUGUGCUCACAUUAUCGUGGCGGUUUAUGAGCAGUGCCAUGGUGUCUUUGUUUCUUUUUGUCAAUCUGUUUCUGUUUGAUUUUAAAAUCCUCCUCAUAGUCCCGCUCAUGAGCAUUGACCACGUUUGAAUCGUGACCAAUGCAGGAAACAGAAUUACUAACAUUAUCAAGCUGCAGCACUGUUGGUAUCAUGUGAGUGCACCAAUGGGAAUGACAGUUUUUGUCAGUGAGGAGGGGGGGGUUCGUGUCCUUGGGCUGACACCGUUAACCCUCUAAGGCUGCUGUGAAGCUCUUCCUGCUGACCUGACUCCGUUAUUUUUGCUCGUCGUAUUUAUUAGUGACUGUUACUGCAGACCGCACUGAGAGUCUGCCAGGUGUUAAACUCCAUAUUCUCAGCAUCUGGAGCUCGGACACAGAUGAUAAUCUGAGAUUAGAUCUGAAAUUCAGGAUUAAGGUUAGUUUUAAAUGUAAAUUGUGGGAUGUGGGAUUUUCUCUGCCCUCCCCCUGCACAGCUUCACACUGCACUGGAUCUUUUAUUGUGAAAGUUCUUUGAAAGUACUCUGUGCUUUGAGAAAUAGUACGAAUUUUUGUUAUAUCAGAUUUAAAAGGUUGAAUUAGGUUAAAUUCUCUUGGUAACGCCAGUCCGGAUCUUCAGUAUGUGUCUUGGGCAGAAGCGCGCCGACUCUGGACGUCAGAGCAGGAAGCUAGUCUCAGUUAAACCUCGGUUAUAACCCGAUAACUAGAGCUGAGGCGAUGGAGUCAUGAUGUAGCGCUGCAGAGCUGUUGGUCGGUCCUCCUGGACUCCCUCGCUGUCCCGGUGGCUGCUGGGUAAAGAGCACGGUGUCGGGUUAUAUGUUGGUGUCACGUCGUCUUCUUCUUUUUGUUUGCGUCGUCGGUUUUAGCGACAGAUGAAAUGUAAACGUGUAAAAAGUGUUUUGUAUGUUUGGGAGUCGGUCGGGUUUAAAAUGUGUGAAACUGAAUAAAACCUGAAUAAAGCUGAA